CGUCUUGCAUAUCAUAACUACCAAAUAAUAUGUGUCCACAUGUAUAUCCUGGAAACCUCUUGUUUUUUUCACAUUUCACAUUUUGUUAUUAAACUAAUUAAUCUACUAGUGUGGAUAUGUUAUAUAUAUGUGUGUGGCUAGAGCAAAACACCAGUAAUACACCAUCCAAACCUUCAAUAUUCAAUGCCAUAUCCAUGAACUCCUCCCACGGUUUCUUAAUGGACAUAGACGAAGACAAAUGGGUUGAAGGCGUGCGUAAAUCGCUUGUUGAACAAGAUGAAGAAAUCGGUAAAAUUCCCGUUUGUAUCUUCACCGUCCCUAAAAUACUUCUCGCCACAGAUCCUAAUUCCUACAUCCCACAACAAGUUGCAUUAGGCCCAUUCCACCAUUGGCGCCCUGAGGUCUAUGACAUGCAAAGGUACAAGCUUGCCGCUGCACGAAGAACCCAGAAAUACAUGAAUGUUAGCUUCGAACGGAUAGUGGAUAUAAUGAAGAAACAUGACGAGCUUCGAAUUCGAGCUAGCUACCAUAAGCUUCUGGAGAUCUCCGGUGACACACUAGUGUGGAUGAUGGCGGUUGACAUGGCGUUUUUACUUGAGUUUCUCAUGGUGUAUUCCAUGAAACAAGAGGGUCAGACACUCACGAGAGUUACAUCCUCAAUGUCUCAUUUGGUGGACGCUACAGGGAAGAAACUAUCUCACGUGGCGAUUCUUCGUGAUUUGGUGAUGUUGGAAAACCAAAUCCCGUUGUUCUUGAUCAAGAAUAUGUUGGAGCAUCAACGUAAGGAGAGCGAUGAUAAGUCUCCUGGAGAGAAACUGAAGUCGAUGUUGAUGGGGUUGUACCAUGAGUUGUCCCCUUUUCAUGAACAAGAAUUGGCUGAUGUUGAUAUCGACGACUGUGAUCAUAUUCUCGACUUUCUCUACCACAUGACCGUGCCGAACAAUAAAGAGCUUCAUAUAGAUGAGGUGAUUGAGAUCGAGUAUGAAGGUAUUACUGAGGAAGCAUGUGAUGGAGAUCAUCAAGAGGAGUCUUUUGCAAAACCUAGUGAUCUUCGACGGUUCACAAAUUACAUAUGGAAAAUCCUCUCCAAAUCAAACGCUGGUAUGAUAAGAAUUUCCAAGAGAAUUAUUUUCGGGAGACCAGUCAUUUUGGUAACCAAACUUCCCUGGAGGAUCAUAUCCAGCCUUCCAAUACUAAAGCUCUUGAAAGAACCCAUCGAACAAAUGUUCAAAAAUUUUCGCGGUGAAGAAGGACAAGAGAAAUCAAACGACGAAAGUGGUGAGUCGAAAACGCCAAAAAUAGAAGAGAUAACUAUCCCGUCGGUUACUGAAAUGGCUAAAGCCGGAAUCCUUUUCUCACCGGUUAAUGGUGGAAUAUCGGACAUUAGUUUUGAUGUCAAAACAGUUACAUUGUACCUCCCAGUGGUGGAACUGGAUGUGAACACAGAGGUAUAUUUGAGAAACCUGGUGGCGUACGAAGCAUGCGUUGCAGCGGGACCAUUAGUCAUGGCUCGUUACACCGAGUUAAUGAAUGGGAUAAUCGACACAGAAGAGGACGCAAAGUAUUUGCGGGAAAGAGGGAUAGUUUUGAACCAUUUGAAGAGUGAUAAAGAGGUUGCUGACUUGUGGAAUGGGAUGAGUAAAUCUGUGAAGUUGACGAAAGUGCCGAAGAUGGAUAAAGUGGUUGCAGAUGUGAAUAAGAUGUAUGGUGAAACAUGGAGAGUGAAAUCAUCCAAGUAUUUGAGGACAUAUGUGUUUGCAUCUUGGCAGCUUUUAACGUUGUUGGCUGCUUUGUUUAUGUUGUUCUUGACGACGUUACAAGCUUUUUGCUCAGUGUAUGUAUGCGCUCGAGUGUUUCAUCAGCUCCCCGAAAUUCCUGGAUCUGAAGGAGCGACAUGAAUUUACUAUGUGUGUUCAUCUUUAACUUUGUCAUUGGCAGUCGGGGGGUCAUCAUAAGCUUCUUUUCUUUACAUGUUAAAAAUUAGGAGUCCAUUUUAUGUUUGUUUCUUUAACACUCUGAUUUUCUAUAUAAACAUUCAAUGAAUUCUGGUGAUCGGAGAGUCAACUGACCCUCUUGACCCCCCUCUGGUUCCGCCCCUGUUUGUCAGGAUUUGUAGUCUUCUAUCUGGUUUAGAGUACUCUAGCCUUGUAUUUCCUUUUGAAUGCUAUCAUGUCAAAAACUACUUAAUGGUGUUCAAGAUAUGUAAUUACAACUUUGGUAUGAUGAUA